AUGAAACUACUAUACGUUUUAGUUUUUCUGAUUGGGGCAAGCGUGUGCUCUGCUAAAAAAGAAGAAUGCGAUGGGAAUGUUGGUGAUUUGUGGCUCGAUGUAGUCGUUGUUGUGGAUAAUUCUCAACGAGUGAAUGAAGAAUCCUUUGUGCCAAACAUACAAAAUUCCAUCAGCAACAUCUUCUUGGGAGUCUCUAUUCCACAUACUCGAGUUGGAUUUGUCACGUAUAACUCUGUAGCAACUGUUAAUGCAGAUCUUAACAAGUUCCAAUCGUACGAUGAUCUCAUGCAGGGAGUAUAUAAUAGCUUUAAUUGGGGGAACUUAUCGCCCGAAAACACAUCAUUUAUCGCAACUGGUUUGACAUCUGCCGCCAAGCUUCUACAACACCAAGGAAGUGAUUAUGGACGUGUUAACUAUCCCAAAGUGAUAAUCUUAUAUGCUUCUGCGUACAACGGAACUGGCUCGUUGGAUCCAUUACCGAUAGCAAACACAUUGAUUGCAUCCAGGAUUACUAUCAUCACAAUUGCAUUGGAUACAGAUCACAAUGGUGUCAUACAAAAACAACUUGUCUCAAUUUCAAGUUUUAAUUCGGCGUUUGAUUUGGACCCGGACAGUCCUGGCCCAGUGCAAGGUGCAUUGAUAAACGCUAAUUGUUUCUGCCCACACGGUUGGUUACAACUCUAUGAUACAUACAUCACCGGUUCCCGAAAAUAUGCUACGUGUUUCAGUUUCUUCGAUUCGCCUACUUCCUGGAAUACAGCCAAACUGGCUUGCCGUAAUCUUUGGCCCGGCAACUCUUACCUUGCGAUGGAGGACAAUGCUCUAAAACAUAACUACAUUCUAGAAGUUACUAGAAACGACCAAUCAUUCCAGCAACCUCCUUUGCAGUAUCACAUUGGAUUGAAAAUGUAUCACGGGAAUUGGAUAUGGGAUCAACCAUAUGGGCUGCCACAACAAUAUCUAGAUUGGAACGACUGGAUGCCUAAUUACCCGGUGGUUUCUUCUUCCAUGACUGCUGUCAUGAACGUGCAAAAUAGUACAUCAUCCGGAUGGCAAAACAUUGAUCCUAUAAAAGUUAGUGCGGGUUAUGUCUGUGAAGCUGUCGCAUGCAGUGUAAACAACUUCUGCGAUGCAAACUGGAAUACCAAAAAUCAAACGUAG